GCCAUAGCAAAAGAAAGAACGUUUUCAUGGUGAGAGCCUAGGUUUGCCGGGGCCAGCAUCUUGGCCUUGCUCUUUCAGAUUGUUGUGGUACCUGGAAGACUCUUGUUUUUACAUCUGCGACCCAUGAAGAGGACAGACAGAAACAUGGUGAGGGGACCACUGUAUAAGCAGUUCGACUUGGAGAGGAAGAAUGCCAGGCAGGCUGAGGCCAGACUCAGCCUUAGUCUGCAAAGGCUGGAGGACAUCUGCCUUUACCACAUGAAAUCACUGGCCAGGGAGCAGAGACAGCUCCAGAAAGAGCUACAGAGGCUGCAGCAAGAUAUCACCAAGAAAAAGUUCUCCUCCUAUUUGAGUAGUGGGAUUCAGACGAGGCCAAAAGAUGUUCUCACUUCUUCACCACAGAGCAGGCAGAGGCAUGUAGUCUCGGAGCCUAAAAUGAGAGCACUGGCAACCAACAUGACCCAAGAAAUAAAAGCUAAAACCCAGGUGCCCCCUCUACAUGCUGCUGACAUCAAAGACCCCAUGAGGAACCAAGAGCACCUGGGAUUUCAAAAUGACAGAACUGGCUGCUUCACAGAAGAGAACCCACAAGCCCAGGAGAAAGAGUCUGCAAAUCCUCCUGAGGGCACAGACCCCACCCAGGACAUCUCUGUCCCAUGUUACAGUCAAGAGGUUUCCACCAACACAGAAGAUGGCCCCACGUCCAGCCUAGCUGGCAAGUGUGGAUCAGCAUCUGCUGACGAGACCGGGUCAAAAGAUGUUGAUCUGAAACCAUCGGGGGAUGCUGGGGAACAAAAUCUCCCAAGCUCUGUGGAAUGUUCAGGAGGCUUCAAAGGUGAAUCCACAAAACUAACCUUCUUGGAGUUGUUUGAAAAAGCCAAAAAUGCCCACUAUCUCCGGCACAGGGUGCCCCCUGAAUCUGAGAGACUACUUAGCAUUGGGGAGAUAUUCGGACAUGGAGAUUUCUCACUGCCCAGAGCAGGACAGGAUUGUGAAAGUAGUACCAUCCUCAAUUUUUCCUCUCUAGCUAUUUAGUGCAGCCAGACAGCACAUAUCUCAUAAUCACUAAGGAAAUAUGCUACUCAAAUAUCACCAAUAACAAUACACAGAAAUAAACAGAAACGCACGACAAUUUUCUUUUACAUCCACAGGGCUCCCUGACCUUUCUAUGUCUUUCUCUUACCAAACAAGGUUCAUGUAAAAAUGAAGAAACAAAUCUUCUGAAAAUAUUUAAAUUAUAAACAUGUGUUUUUAAAGGCAUCAAAAAUAUGCAUCUACAUAGAUGAUUGGGCUUGGCUUGAAGUGGAAAGUCUUGUUUGUUUGAUAGUUCAUCUCUCAUAGGAGAUGCCUGUAGAGUCACCUGCUGGAAAAAUGGCAUCGCAAUUCUUGUUUUCCUUUGAUUUUCAGUGAGCAUGGGAACCCAAUGGAAAUUAUGUGCAGCAACACUGUCUCCAAAUAAAACCGCUUCUUUACAGAGUCUGUACUCCUUUAUGAUGCUCUUCCCUCUGUCCUUCCCGUCCUCUUUCCUUCGUUUUCUCUUUUCCUCCUUCCC